AUGAUGUUACGCAACGUGUUGAACCAAAUGCAACGUCAAGCUUCGAAGGCAGCUGUGAUUGGAGCUCGUCAAUGGAAUAGAAACAUAAUAACAACUAGUGACUCGCUUACAGCAUUGCCUAUGCCCCUCACGAUCUUGACUGAUGAAGAAGAAAUGUUCAAAGAGUCAGUCACUCGCUUUGCUGCCGAUGUGAUUCAACCAAGUGUUCGUAGUAUGGACGAAGCAGGUGAGAUGACACCUGAAGUGAUCAAAGGACUUUUUGAAAAUGGUCUGCUAUCGGUGCAGAUUCCAAUGGAAUACGGAGGAGUGGGAGCAUCAUUCAUGAGCUUGAUUCUAACUAUCGAGGAGUUAUCUCGCGUUGACGCGAGUGUUGGCCUCUUGUGUGAUUUACAGAACACUGUCGUAAGCAACGUGAUUUUACGCUACGGUACUGAAAAGCAGCGAGAAGAAUAUCUGCCACGUUUAUCGACAAACACAGUGGGGAGCUUUUGUUUGACUGAAGCUGAAGCUGGUAGCGACGCCUUUUCACUUAAGACAAAAGCUGACAUUUCAGCUGAUGGAAGCUAUUAUACUUUGAAUGGCGAGAAAAUGUGGAUUUCGAACGUCGCGCAUGCUGAUGUGUUUUUGGUCAUGGCUACUGUGGAUUCGUCCGUAGGAUAUAAAGGUAUCACUUGCUUCAUUGUGGAGCGUGGUACGCCUGGUCUUUCAUUUGGACCUCCAGAGAAGAAGCUCGGACUCAACGCAUCAUCUACGUCCUCUGUCAUUCUUGAAGAUGUCAAAAUUUCGAAGGAAAAGGUGCUUGGCAAAGUGGGCCAAGGUUAUGCUAUUGCUAUUGGUCAACUCAAUGAAGGGCGGAUUGGUAUUGCAGCGCAACAACUUGGUAUUGCAGAAGGAGCUUACCGGCAUGCGAUGCCUUAUCUCUUCGAGCGGAAGCAGUUUGGUCGUGUAAUUGGCGACUUUCAGGCAGUGCAACAUCAAUACGCUGAACUAGCUGUGGAUCUUGCAAGCGCACGACUGCUUAUCUACAACGCCGCUCGACUCAAGGACGCUGGACAUGAAUUUGUCAAGGCAUCGUGUAUGGCCAAGCUACACGCGUCUCGUGUGGCAGAGCGAACGUCAUCGAAGUGCAUCGAAUUAUUAGGUGGUGUUGGCUUCUCGAAACAACUUCUAGCAGAAAAAUUCUAUCGAGACUGCAAAGUUGGUACAAUUUACGGCGGUACGAGUAAUAUUCAGCUCAGUACAAUCGCUAGAUUGAUCAAGCAAGAACUUGUUUAA